GCUUUGUGGUAGUAACACCAGUAUGUCCGCCACUGGCUUCAUUUAUGCACAGCCGAUUUCGCUCUCCAUGUAUAGAACUCAAUCGUCCGUCGUGAAAUACGAUUUUUAUUUCACCCGGCUACUGUACGUAAAUCCCUUUAUUAUUUAGUAGAGAGUGAUAUACUGAAAAAUACACAGUGAUAUAUUUUCCAUAUCUUCACUAGUGAAGAUAUCGAUCACGUGACAAUUUGCUUUUGUGCGUGAAAUUUCACAAUUUUUUGCUUGGAAUUUUAUAAUAAACAGACAAUUACACGGUGGUUUGAAGAUAUGACUUUUAUUUUCUCGUGUUAAAAGAAAUAUUUUACUCACUCGCUGCGCUCGUUCGUAAAAUAUUGUUUUUUACCACUCGAAGAUAAAAGUCAUAUCUUCGCGCCGCCGUAUACUAUCCUCUAUAUAUACGUACAUAAUAAGACAUAACAAGAUUUUGCCAGAAGGGUCUAAUAUUAUAUCGAUGUUUACCAAUUACCAUGAUGUCUCAUGUGUCGGCAAGAAAACUUGACACCAGAAAUUUUUCCGAGAAAUUGCCAAUAGCGUGACUACUAAGGGUAGUUGUACCCGGCAAAAGCUAGUGAUUGUUCUGGACGGCCCCUGAGCUAAGUUAUAGGCUUUUUGGAAGGGUUUUUUUAGAAUAAAUGACAAUCGAUAAUUCUACUUUUCUGAACGUGAUGAUCUAGAUACAUUUUAUGAAAACCAAAUUACUAAUUACAAUUAUAAAGUUGUGGGUACCCGAUCCCUCUCCCCCUUCUCCUGAUCCUCUCAAUAGUGGAUCAGCGGCAUCCUUUUCAGUAAUAAAGAGUAUUUGUAAUAAAAAUUAAAUUUAAAAAAAAAUUAAGUUAUAAGGGGAUAUGGCAACAAAAAUUAAGUUUAUCUUAUUUGAAAUAACUUUUAAAGUUAUGUAUGAAGACCCUUUACAACGUUUUCGUACCUUCCCUAGUAUUCGAAAUAUUUUGACCGCGAUCUCGGUUUUAUAAUUGACCUAAUUAACUGAGUUUUUGAUGACGUCAAAAGCAGGGUAAACUUGUUAAAACUGUACUUGCCAAAACUUGCUAAAAAUUUCUUCGAAAAGUUUCUUAAAAUGUUGUGAGUUAAUUGAGUACUAGAAAGACUUCUGAAAAUCGAGUUUCAUAUUGAUAAUGACAUGUGGUUUGCAAGAUAAAAAUUUCGCUUUUUACCCUACUUGUGACGUAUACAUAUCCAAUGCAUAUCCAAGAUGGCGGAAUGCACGCUGCUUUUGAUGAAAAUAAGUCGAUUUAUUUCAAGAACCAAGCAAGAUACGGAAUAAUUGUAAAGGAAGUUUACAUAUCAUUUUAAAUGUUCUUUCAAAUAAGACAAACUUAAUUUAUAUUACCAUAUCCCUUUAAAUUAAGAACUUUUAAAAUUAUAUACUCAGUCUCAGACCUUUUACAAAGUUAAUCUCAUAUCUUGCUUGGUUUUCGAAACGUUUGGACCAAAAACAGCAUACAGUCCCCAAUCUUGGUGUUUUAAUUGACCUUAUUAGUUAAGUUUAUGUUUCUCCGUAUGUGCAUGACCGAAAUUCUUCGAAAGGUUUAAUUCUUAAAAUGAGAAUUGAAAAGGCUUUGGAAAAUCGAGUUUCAGAUAAAUAUGACAUGUUAUUGUACAUGGUUUGCAAGGUAAAAAUUCGCUUUUUACCCAUCUUAAUCGGAAUAAGUCGAUCUAUUUCUAAAAUUAAGAAAGAUGCGAAAUAACAGUAAAGAAUCUUAGUUGAUAUAUCAUUUUAUAACAACUUCUUUCAAACAAGGCAAACUUAAGUUUUAUUGCCAUUACUCUUUAAAGCCGGCGAUUCGUCUCAGUGCAUUAUGCUGCAAUAAUCUGAAAAGGUAAAUAGGCUUACCAUUUGUACCAAGCUGUUCAGCAAAAGUGCAUACUUCCUCUGGAGUUAUGUUGUAGGGAUUCUUAGUUGUGUUUGUUCCUUCAAUGAUUGCCAACACAGCAAUAUUUACCAAGACAAACCAAAGUGUUCUUCGUACCAAAUUUUUGAUCAUGUCGACUAAUAAAAAAAUAUCGUUCGCUGAAGACUGUAUGAAAUCCGGUCCAAUUGGUCAAUUCGGGCGGGUAGGCACUGGGUAUGAGGUUGGUUAAGUUUCGCUCAUGUAAAUUUGAAGUUUUACCUUAAAACAAUACGAUAUGCGCUAUAAAUAGUUACUUGUUUACGGGUUAGGGUAAAGCGCGGAUAUGGACGGACAGACGGAUGGUAGGGUAAAAUGCGGACGGAUGGGAAGGUGAAAUGCGGACGGACGAAUGAGAGAGUAAAAUUUAAGCCACAAGUACACGCCGAAAGGACCUAUCGCAAUCUAUUUCCGACGUGUAGUGUUUCAAUAUUCAUACACUGCGUUUUGUUGUCUCAUAAGUUAUUGUAGAGGGCGAUAAUACAAAGUUUGCUUUGACAACCACAAAUUUGCUUUAAUAUGGCCAAAGUGGGCAAGGCCUUGGUAAACGCUGGUCAUGUGACUCGAAAAUACUCCCAGAAUCUGGGAGUAUUUCUGUAUAUCAUUAAAACUCCCAUUGGCAGUAAGGGGAGUGAUUACUAAAAAUCAUGAUUUCUAAAAUAUGGCGGUAGAGUUAUGUUUCUGUACUAUUUGUGAUGACUUCCAUCAAGUAAGAGGUGCAGUAUGAAUUUGAAAAUGUCUAAAAGUUGAUUGUUACAAAUUAUUCAACAGAUUCCCAUGAGUUUAUUUAACACUCUUGCGAAUAUCGCAAUCACCCAAUACGGUCGCCUUUAAUUUGUUACAGUAAUAGCUGUACUGCCUGUACAAUAUUUUUCGAAGGCUAUUUAUGUAUUAUACAGGGUGUAUUAAUGGUGGAAUGACCACAAAUUUUUUUUUUUUUAAAAAAAGCUUUCAACAAAAUUUAAAUUGCAUGGAUGUUAUAAGCACAAAAGAGUACGAGUAUUUUUAUGGUCAUUACCAUUACCAUUGCCAUGGUUACCAGGAUGAAGUGUCAAAACCCGUACUUUGAGCCAAAACGCCAACAACCAUAACUUGAUUAGUUUUUAAGCAAUGUCUAUGAAACUUUGGGGAUAAAAUCAUCUUUAAUAUGUCUAUGCAAUGAACUAAAAGCUUUUUGAUCAGAGAAGUGGCUAUUAAUUUAUUUAGUCAAUAGUAUACAUACUCGGAAUUAGAAUACAUAUUUCAAAAUAAUACAAAAUCUGGUAAAGCAUAUCCCACCAUUCUAGUUCAUUGCAUAGCUUUACAUAUGUGGAAUAUUCACUGAAAAUUUGAGUAAAAUCUACCAAAUACUUUUUGAGUUAUCAAUGUUACGAGUUUACAAAAUACCCGAAAAUUGAUAUUAGAGAAAAUACAGUUUAAAGUUUGUCUACCAAGUUUCACAGCUACAUAUACCUCUGCUUAGCUUCAAGAACCACUAGAACUCUCCUGCUCCAUAUUUUAGUCCCUCUGCUUCUUGGUUCUUGUCCUCCUUUUUCUUUUUUAGCCCUCUGAUCACCUUUCUUCUCUUUUUAGCUUUGGGCGUGCUUAUAUAUUGUGCGAGCGAUACACGAGACUUGUCUUCAGCAUGACAGGCAAAUUCAGUGUACUUGCCAGCAGGAAUAUUCAUUGACUUGAAAAGUUCAACAAUUGCAUUGCAACCAAUAUUGAAGUGUAAGACAGCAUCAUACACCACAAACUCUAGGCAGUCUCUGUGAACAAUAACUUCCUUGGGAAUUCUUUGCCAAAUUAGAGCGUUCAGAGCCUCGUUCUGAUUUUGCGUUUUUCCAUGCAAGCACUUUUCCAAAAGACUGUUAUCAGUAAGUCUCUGGUACACAGGCUUAACCAGCUUAAAUAUUCUCUUUGGAAGACCAGGACCAUGUUUGUAUAAUUUUGUUCCAUUUGCUUUGUCUUGUUGGUAACGACACCAGCUAUCACUACAAGGUGGGCAAUGGAAGGUAUGGUAAGGGUUCGCAUCACUUGAAGCACAAUGGAAGAGACUAGCAUGGAUGGCUUUUGCCAUCUUACCCAGAUCUACAACAUUGGACCUAAGAGCAAUGCCAUAAUAAUUCUGUAGCUUAUCUAUCAUGGCAUUUGUCAGCUUGCCCUUACCACCCAGUCCAGGAUUAUCUUUCUUCAAUUUUCGGAGUGCUGUUCCUACUCUUUUCUGGACAUGGCCGAUAUACUCUCGUUUCUGCACUUCAAUGCCAGGAUAAGUAUUCUUUACUUCAGAGAAGCUUUUACCAUCCCCAUCACCAUAAAAAUUUGUGUAUCGCAGAUUAUUCUCUUCCACUGAUCUUUCAAACAUUCGUAAAGCUCCUUCUGGUUCCAUAGCCGGAGCAGAUCCUCGGUAAUUUGCCUUACUCUUAGUGUGCUUGGCUUUCCAUUCUUGAUAUUCUUUACUACUUUUGUCCAGCUUUUCAUAGUACUUGCACUCUUUACAGUGGCUGGUUAGGGCUUCAACGUCGAGAACGUUCCCCGUCUCCAUGGAGAUAAUGGUAACACAUCCAUUCAGUGAAGAAUGUCCCCUUCUCUGCCAAGAGCCAUCACAUGAAAUUCCACAGUCGACAGGAAUAGUGUCAUCAGAAUCAACAGUUUUUUUCUUAGCACAUACUUCUUCUGCGGCAGAUUUCAUACAUGCUUUUGCAACUUUCUUGACAUGUUGGGUAAUAGUCCGUGAAGACUUUCGAAACGACUUCGCUGUCAAUGGUGAUGGCCUGUUCAUAAUAGAACAGAACUUCGAGGCUCCCGCAUGAUCAUUCCCUAUUCUCCGCAUGCCAUAAACUAGACGCUUACUUAUUCGAAGCUUUUUUCUGUUCGCUUAGAAGUCCAAAACAAAUGCUUCCAACUGCAGUUUUGGCAACAUAAACGAAGCUUUGAGGCACAGCAUUUGCGACUUACAUCAUCUUCUUCAAGGGAAAGACCAACACAGUCACACUCUGGGCAUUUAAACAGAAAAAACACAUCAGCAAUAAGUCCCAUAUCACAAAGUCUGAAACCAGUAAUACCUUUAUCACUAUUAUCCAACGUUUUACCGUUAGAUCUUUCAUUGAUAAGUUGCUGCAACUUUCCAAAAGAAGCUGAAUUUCCGGAAUCCAUGUGCUCAUGAUUUGUCUCGGCUUCCACUGAAGAAAUCUUCUUUCCAGCGUCUUUUUCUGGUAUUUUUACAUCGCCCCGUUCUUCAUUAUCAACACGAGGACGUUUUGUAAAGCGAUUUCCAGAGAAUUGCCGUUUAUUGCGCCUUUUAGAGGCAAAUUUAGACAUCUUAUUUUUGAAAAUAUCUUCGAAUAUAAAACGACCUUCGAUUUUAUUUUGCUAAUAUGGCGUGCUGGAACCGGAGAGGCCUGGGAAUAGUUUAAAAUAGAGCCUAGUCCUUCAUAGCUACUCCACAUUUAUUUUGGGUUAAUUUGGGGCAAUAACUUUGAAGCUAUUGGCCAAAAGCACAGGGUAAACAAAUAUGUUUCCAUGGUAACGAAGCAACCAACGUCUAAUAAUCCUAAGAAAACAGCCGUUAUAUGUAUAAUAUAAAUGUAAAACAACAUAGGAUCAAAGUUUCAUACUGUAGGACAUAUAUGAGGGGGAAUUCACAAACAAGGGGGAAUUUACAAAUUUUUUUUUAAAUUUUGGGGGUCAUUCCACCACAAAAACUGAACAGAUUUGAAAUUGCUCUCAAUUUCUCAAUAUAUAUAUAUAUAUAUAUAUAUAUAUAUAUAUAUAUAUAUAUAUAUAUAUAUAUAUAUAUAUAUAUAACAAAGGUAUUGAUAUUUUGGGUCUUAGUGAAACGCACCUAACUGAUCAGAUACCAACAGAUGAACUGAUUGUCGAGGGCUUUGAUUUCGAGCGAAAAGAUCGGCGUUCGGGAUUUGGAGGUGGUGUUGGCGUGUACAUAAAGCAAGAUGUGCCAUACCGCCGCCGUUAUGAUCUGGAGGCAGAGCAUGAAAACAUUGAAUGUAUCUGGAUCGAGGUCUUAUUUCCGAAGUCCAAAGGUAUUAUGAUUGGUAACAUUUAUAGACCCCCUGAUACUUCCAAGUAUUCGGAUAGUGAUUUUAAUGUUAAACUGGAUGAAGUUUUGAAUGCUGUGUCUGAUGAGAAAAAGGAAAUUUUAUUACUUGGUGAUCUAAAUUGCAACUUUCUUCAGUCUGCCUGCAAAAGACAGCUGAAGCAAGUAUUUAGUAUGCAUGGCCUUAAACAAAUUAUUCAAAAUGCCACCAGAAUAACAAAGUCGUCUGCAUCGUUAAUUGACAUUGUUCUCUCUUCUAAUCCCGAAAGAAUAAUUAAGUCAAAAGUUAUUUCGGCUCAUUUGAGCGAUCAUGAUAUGGUUGGAAUCACUAGGAAAAUUAAUGCAUCGAAAUUUAAAGCUAGAAUAAUUACAACUCGGUGUUUUGCUCGAUAUGAACGUUCUGCUUACCGUAAUGACGUCAAAAAUUCCUCAUGGGAUAACGUUUAUGAGCAGUCUGAUGUGAACGAUGCAUGGUAUGAAAUGUAUAACAUUCUCCUGAAAGCUAUUAACCGCCAUGCACCCCUAAUUCAAAAGAAAGUGCGUGGGAGGGAUUGCCCAUGGUUAACAAAUAACUUGCGGAAAGCAAUGCUUGAGAGGAAUAGUUUACUCAAAGUAGCUAGAAGAUCGAAGUCUGCUUCUGAUUGGGCUGCAUAUAAAAGAAAGCGUAAUCAAGUAAAUAAUUUGCUACGAAGAGAAAAGAAUUCAUUUAACCGAAAACUGUUAUACGACAACAGGAAUAACCCUAGAAAAUUCUGGAAAACCAUUAAACAAGUGUAUCCUAAUAAGCCUACUACUGUUAAUUCAUCUCGCGCUUUCAACCUUAAUGAUGAUGGUAUGACAACCUGUAAAAGUAAAAUAUCAAAUGCCUUUGGCUUGUUCUUUUCCUCCAUUGCUCAAAAACUGAAAGAAUCAUUAAAUACUUUGGGAAACUCCAUCCGGCAGAAAACGGAUCAAGAAAUACCGCCUUGUAAUAGAAUUCCUGACCAAGUUUUUCGGUUUGAGGAAAUUUGUCCAUCUCAGGUAUUGAAAGCUCUGAAUAAGCUAAAAAGUACCAAAGCAACUGGUCUCGAUGACGUCCCUCCUAGUAUGAUUAAGGAUGCAUCUCAGUAUAUUGCUGCACCCCUAGCUUAUAUCAUUAAUCUAUCAUUGUCUUCUGGGAUAUAUCCUGCUCAAUGGAAAAACGCUAAAAUUAUACCAGUCUAUAAAUCUGGCAGCGUCUCAGAGUUGGACAACUACCGUCCAAUCUCAAUUCUACCCGCUAUCUCUAAAAUUGCGGAGCGCCUGAUUCACGAUCAGCUGGCAAAAUUUUUGGAAGACUCAAGUCUGUUAUCACCUACCCAGUUUGAUUUUAGAUCUAAGUACUCAACUGGUCUUGCAGUUACCUACUUUACAGAUUCAAUCAGGAAAGAAAUGGACCGUGGAAAGCUAAGGGGGGCAGUUUUUAUAGACUUCCGUAAGGCAUUCGACACGGUCGACCAUGCUGUUUUAAUUAAAAAGAUGGAGAUGCUUGGUGUUCGUGGUGUCCAGCUUAAAUGGUUUUCAGACUAUUUAUCAAAUAGACAACAAGUUGUAAUCUAUGAUAAUUAUAGAUCGAAUAAUUAUCCGGUUUCUUACGGCGUUCCUCAAGGAUCCAUCCUGGGGCCUCUUCUGUUUUUGAUAUACAUUGAUGACCUUUCCAAGGUUUUAAAACACUCUAACGUUAUCAUGUAUGCAGAUGACACCGUUCUCUAUUUCUCUCAUGAAGAUAUUAAAAAUAUUGAAGCUGUUUUGUCUGAUGACAUGGAUGCAGUUGCACAAUGGUUGCAGAGGAAUCAGUUGGUGAUUAAUCUUAAAAAGGAUAAGUCGGAGUCUAUGGUUUUUGGUACAGCAAAACGUCUUGCAAAGGAUGGAAAUUCAUCUAUGUGUAUCCAAAUUGGAAGUGAUGUAAUUAGAAGUACCACUUCAUAUGUAUAUCUCGGUGUGAGGUUAGACCCAACGCUUAACUUUGGCCAGUAUCUGCACAAAACCUUCAAGAAAACGUCAAGUAAACUGAAAAUGCUCAAGAAGAUACGUUCUUCUUUGACAGUCCAGUCUGCUCGUAUGAUUUAUCAGUCCAUGAUUGUUCCAUUAAUGACAUAUUGUGAUAUGGUAACUUUAAAUCUACCUGGAUCAUGGUUAUCAAAGUUUGUCAAUUUGGAAAAUCGGACAAAGAAAAUUAUUGCAAAUGGAUUAAGCAUUGAAAACAAUGAUUUAAAUAUACGUGACUUUUACUCGACACGCAUUUUUAACGCGGUUAUGGUGGUUUUUAAAUCUUUAAAUGGUUUAUCAUGUGAACCAUUUAAUGACUAUUUUCAAAUUAUGAGUCAUCAACAAAAUACCCGGAAUAACGAUUAUUGUCUGCGACUACCGAAA